GGCGCCCAGGUAGCUCUGGAGCCCAAACCCGUCAGGCCAGUUUUGAGAUCUGAAGGACGAGGCUGGUGAAGGAUGCACGGCCGGCCCUGUGCUCCUCCUGCACUCUCUGCCGCCUGAGCCCACAUCCGCCUGCCCUCGGCCGCGGGCGACCUCAUGGCGUCUCUUCUGGGCCUGGGCCUGGGCCUGAUGCUGGCCCUGAGCCUGCCGGGGGCGCGGGCCACGGACUGUGAGUCCCUUGGCCCGGCUACGCGCCUGACCUUCACGCGGGCAGCUAGGGACCGGUGGCUGGCCCCUCGCGUGCGCGCUCCAGGGCCCCUGGACCACCUCUACGGCACCGUGCGUCGCUUCCUCUCCACUGUGCAGCUCAACCCCUUCCCUGCCGAGCUGGUGAGGAACUUGCUGAAUGAGCCGGCCUCCGUGAAGGUGGAUGAGGUGGUGCGGUACGAGGCUGGCUACGUGGUGUGCGCUGUCAUCGCCGGCCUCUACCUCCUGGUGGUGCCCACUGCUGGGCUCUGUUUCUGCUGCUGCCGUGGCCACCAGCGCUGUGGGGGCCCAGUGAAGACGGAGUACAAGGAGAUGGCCUGUGAGCGCGGCACCCUCAUGACCUUCCUGCUGCUGACCACCCUCGUGCUGCUGAUCGGUGUUGUCUGUGCCUUUGUCACCAACCAGCGUGUGCAUGAGCAGAUGGGCCCCAGUGUCGAGGCCGUGCCCGAGACGCUGCUCAGCCUCCGGGGCCUGGUCUCUGAUGUCCCCCAGGAGCUGCAGGCGGUGGCACAGCAAUUCUCCGUUCCCCAGAAUCGCGUCUUGAAGGACCUGGAUGGUGUUGCCGGGAGCAUCGGGACCGCGGUCCACACCCAGCUCCGGAGCGCGGUCUAUGAGAUGCUGGCCUCGCUGCUCAGCCUGGGCCAGGCCCUGCAGGUCUCCGUGGACCACCUCCGAGCCCUGAAUGCCACCCUCCUGGAGCUGCGGGAGGGGCAGCAGGACCUGGAGCAGGCUGUUUCGGUGCACCGAGAGCGCCUCCGCGACCUGCUGCAGAAGCCCAGCUGCCGGGACUGCCAGGAGACCCUGAGCCAGGCCCAUGGCCUGGAGCUGGGAGCUGACUUCAGCCAGGUGCCCCACGUGGACGAUGUCCUACAUCGCCUGGAGGGGGUCCCGGAGGCCAACUUCUCCAGCAUGGUCCAGGAGGAGAACAGUACCUUUAACGCCCUCCCACUCCUGGCUCCCUUGCAGUUGGCCGAUGUGGUCAAAGAGCUGAAGAAGGCGGUGGCCCAGCAGCCUAAAGGGCUGAAGACACUGGCCAAAGCGUUCCCAAACUGGGAGGCGGCCUCUCGCUGGAGCCAGGCACUGGAGAAGGUGGAAAACAGUAGCCGCCCCUACCUGAAGGAGGUGCAGAGAUACGAGAAAUACAGGUGGAUUGUGGGCUACGUUCUGUGCUCUGUGGUCCUGCUUGUGGUGGUCUGUAACCUCGUGGGCCUCAACCUGGGCAUCUGGGGGCUGUCCGCCCCGGACCGUAGCCACUUGGAGGCCAAGGGCAGGGCUGGAGCCCGCAUCCUCAUGGUUGGGGCCAACCUCAGCUUCCUCUUCGCUGCGCCCCUCAUCCUCCUCGUCUUCUCCACCUUCCUGGUGGGCGGCAACGUGCAGACGCUGGUGUGUCGGAGCUGGGAGAGCGGGAAGCUCUAUGAGUUUGUUGACACCCCGGGGAACUUGCCCUCGUCCAUGAACUUGUCCCACCUUCUUGGUCUGAAGAAGAACAUCAGUAUCCUCCUGGCCUAUCAGCAGUGCAGGAAAGGGGCUCCACUCUGGAGGGUCCUGCAGCUCAAUGACUCCUAUGACCUGGAGCCGUACCUGGAUCUGAGCCAGUACUCGGCCAAGCUGGAGCAGGAGUUGCAGAACCUCAAAAUGGACAUGGAGAGUCUGGACCUGCUGAGCCCAGCUGGCCUCCGGGACCUGAAGGCCCUGCAGAGCAGUGGGCUUAGUAACAUCCACUACCCUGGCUUCCUCAUCCAGACCGAGAAGCCCGUGGUGAACACCAGUGUGGAGAAGCUGGCCCACGACCUGGAAGGACUGGCCCACUCCCAGGGCAAUUCUGUGCUGGGGAAGCAACUGCAAGAGGAGGCCCAAGGGCUCAGAACCCUCUACCAGGAGAAGGUCCUCCCCCAGCAGAGCCUCGUGGCCAAGCUCAACAUCAGUGUCAGGGCCCUGGCAUUCUCAGCACCAAACCUCCAGCGGGAGACCUCAGGUGUCCUGGACAGGGUCACCCGCCUGCAAGGAGAGCUGCCUGCCUGGGCCGCCCGUAUCCUGAGGAAUGAAAGCGAGUGCUUCCUGGCCCGGGAGAUGGGCUACUUCUCUCAGUACGUGGCCUGGGUGAGAGAGGAGGUGACUCAGCACAUCGCCACCUGCCAGCCCCUCUCUGGAGCCCUGGACAAUGGCCGCGUGAUCCUGUGUGACAUGAUGGCUGACCCCUGGAACGCCUUCUGGUUCUGCCUGGCGUGGUGCACCUUCUUCCUGGUCCCCAGCAUCAUCUUUGCUAUCAAGACCUCCAAAUACUUCCAUCCCAUCUGGAAACGCCUCAGCUCCAGCAGCUCUGAGGAGACUCAGCUCUUCCACAUCCCUCGGGUCACCUCCCUGAAGCUGUAGGACCCCCUUGGGGUUGCUGGCUGCAGCGUGAUGCUGGGCUGCCGCCUUCCGCCUUGACUUGGCCUGGACCAGAGGAUCCGCCGCUCUUGCCCCCGGAGCCCAGGCCAGCGUCCAGGCCUGGGCUGUCCCCCACUUCCAGCUUCCCACCCCCGUCUGUGCAUGACCCCCUUAUUCAUUCUCAAAAGCUCAAUUGCUGCUGAGCUAGAGCCCUCAGGUUCUUCCAGGCGUCCCUCCCCCUCCUCUUAGCAGGUCAGCACCGAGAAGACCCUUUCUCAGCACCUUGGGUGGGACAGAGGCCCUGCCCACCCCCUCUGUCAUCAAUCACCCCUCUCCCUGCACAUGCCCCCCCAACGCUCCUCUCCCCUAACCCUCCCCUCCCCCCCUUUCCCCAGCGUUGCUCUGCCCCCUCCUCAGUCACAUGUUACAUCCUCCCCCAGGGAAGCCCAUUCCCCUUUGUCCUUUCCUUAGCUUAUCCCACCACCUUGCUGGACCCAGGGACCCCUCUGCCUGACCAAACUAAUCAGGUAAAACCACUGAGCAGGCCAGGGCCACAUGGCCAGGCCUGGGCUGGCUGCCGCAUGGCUUCUGAGCCCACUGCUGCCUGGAGACCUGUACCCUCCACAAGCCCCGGCCUGGAUUUCCUGGCCCCCCAGCCUGUGUAAAGCCAGAGCCCGCUGCCUGCAUCCUUGUUUGGAAACAGUACUGUUCCAAGCAACUCUCCGAGUAUUUGUUUCGGGGGAAGGAACCUGGGAUCUGGGCCAGAGCAGGGCCGCCCCCUCGGCUCCCCAGGAGGUAGCUCUUUGACAGCCCUCACCCAGCUUCCCCAGCAGGACCUGGUGGCCACAACAGGGUUUUGCACUGUGGCCCUUGCUCCUUCUGUGCAUGUGGCCUGGGGGCACCCUGGUCCACCCUGUGCUCUCUUUACACGCUGAGUCCCGGGUUCCAGAAGAAGGGAAGAGGAAGCGGAAAGAGGAGGAGAGAUAGGUUCCCUGAACCAAUCAAGUGCUCUCACUUCCUAAGCCUUGGCUUUGGGUCCGGAACACUAGGUCUCCCAGGUGAGGGCCCUGUAAGUGGUCGGUGUUUAAUAAGUGUGGAGAGGAGAACCCAAGGCCUCUGGUCACAGGCAUCAGGGAUUCCCCCAGCAGUCAGCAGGUGGGCAGGGGCCCACUCCAGGAGCAGGCAGACCCGGGUCCAUGUGCUCGUUCUAACGCUUGUUAGUGGGGGCACCUCAAACAUGUUACAUGGAGGUCCUGGGCCUCACUUUCUCCAUGUUUAAAAUGGGAGCAGAGUCAUAUAGCCUCCUCAUAGGGCUGGGGAAAAUGUGACAAUGUGUGGAAAGCCCUUGGCAGGGGCCUGGCACAAAACAUGCUCAAUUGCUGCUACGUUUUGCCAUGACUGAAUCAGGGACAGAGCUGGGGCUGGGCAGGAGCAAGGGUAGAGGAGGUGGGCCCCUGUGCAAAGGCACUUUAAGAUUGUGGUCUGCUGAGUUUCGGGAGUGUCUGUGUUUAAUUGCAUCUUACAAACCAACAACAACGUUGGUAUUAGGAAGUAGCAUGGUGCAUACACAAUGUAUUGUCACUGUUGUAAGCACACUCACACAAACAUCCCAGAAUGUAGCACAAUCGCCUCUUUUUGGCUUUUCCCAGAGGUUUUUUUUUCUCAUUUCUUAACUGUUGUCUCGUUGCAGGGGAAAUGUAGCCCCUGUGUUUUAGCAAUGAAAUAGAUGGGAUUAAAAAGAGAAACAAACUAUUAAAAAAUAACUCCCAGCUCUCUAUCAAAAUUGCCUAUCUUAUCUUUGAUAUAUUUGAGCAUAUUAAGCAUAGUUAUUUUGAAGUUCAGUAACUCCCUAACAUGGAGCCUUCAUGA